GUAGACAAUUCUAGUUGGAAACUGUGGAAAGGCGCGAGACGAAUGAGUGUUUUUGAUUCACUGUGUCUAAAGUCGUUAUGUCGAACGCGAGGAAGAAGAUAAGUCGGCGACAGUUGUUGUGCAAGAUAUCAGAAGCGAGUUUCGUGACAAGCUUGGAAGAGGCGCCGUGUCGCAUCGACCAAUGCACACAGACGCCACCUAGCGGGAAGGCGAGGCCCCGCACCCUGCAAAGGUACCACACCUCAGACCACCUCUACGAGAGGGCCCACCGGACGAGGCACAAGCACGAGAUCAGACCUAAGAGCUUGUUCAGCGACUCCUGCCCGUUCAUAGGGAAGCCGCCGAGCUAUGAUAGUGGAUACAGUUCAAAAUUCAAAGUGACGGUGACAGACAGCCCAACGAUAUCGAUCACGCCGCCCCACAGCCUGGACUACGUGUGCGCUAAAGGAGGAGCGAGCCCCAACGGAAGCGCGACGCCUAACGGCAUGGUACCCAGCCGGUCGCCCGCGACUGUGCUGCUCAAUCCGGGGUAUCUGUCGCCUUGCCAGUGCAACCAGUCCAUGAAGAGCGUAAGCGAAGUCGCCCUCGCCAUGCCGGGAUCCCCCGGCUGGACCGGCGAGGAGCCCGCGAACGGCUGGCCCGGCGGGCUGUCGUGGCGGCGACUGCACAUGUCCCGGGCCAAGCUGAAAGCCACCGCCACCACCUCGGAGCUGCUAUCAGGCUUCGCAAUGGUAGCGAUGGUGGAGCUACAAAUCAACGAGCCCACCAACGUCCCAGAAUGGCUGUUCGUGAUGUUCGCAGUCUGCACGACCGUGCUCGUCGCCGUCCACAUCUUCGCCCUGAUGAUAUCCACGUACUUGCUCCCGCACAUCGACGCUGUCAGCAAGAUGGAGCCGGGAGCCCCGGCGAGAGCUUUGAGGGAAUCGCCGCAUGAACGGAUGAGAGGGUUCAUUGAGCUCGCUUGGGCGUUUAGUACAGUAUUAGGUCUAUUCCUGUUCCUCGUGGAGAUCGCCAUAUUAUGUUGGGUGAAGUUCUGGGACUACUCCUUCGCUGCGGCUACAGCAGCUACUGUGAUAGUGAUACCAGUGCUAAUAGUGUUCGUGGCGUUCGCGAUCCACUUCUACCACUCGCUAGUGGUGCAGAAGUGCGAGGCAUCAGUGCAGGACAUCGAACAGCUGGAGACCAUGAAGAGGGAACUGGACACUGCCACUGUGAAAGUCAACAUGUUCUAGAGUGGCCUGGAAAGUGGCCUUUCAAUAGUUUAAACCGUUUAAACCUAGCAUGAAAUAACGCUUUUAUCGUCUAUCGUGUUAUGUCACUCUCGCACUUUCAUACGUGUCAGCUUAUCAACGCGUGACAUACGGCGACAAGCGAUAAAGGGGCGGCCAUUUAUAAGCGGCCAGUAUUGAAGGUUGCUAUAACAACGGGCGGUCUUUCCUAAACAGUGGCCGAUUUGAUCUAAGACCCAGUAGGCCCAGGCCUAGGGCGGCAGCAAGGUGGCAGACUAUAAUGAUGGGUGCUGAGACAGGAGCGACUAGUAGGUACAGACAGGGUAGACUAGACUACCCAGGGCCCGCAUGGAGCCUAUGGCAGCCAAUAAUUAAGUACUUCAAAUCCGCCACUGUUCCUAGAUUAAGGUGCUCAAUGCCAUUAUAGGAAUAUUAGGAAUCGAAUUCUACGAAUCUAAGGGUCAAAUUAUAUGAACGACUAAUUUUAAACAUAAAGGUUAUAACCUCCUAAGGCCCAGCCAUACAAAUAAAUAAUCCAAAAUUUGCCACUGCAAUUUGAACCUAUACUGUAAGAAAUUGAGUUGAUUUUGCUUUGUAUAAAAAAUGAACGACGCGAGACAAAUGCAACUCUGUUCCAAUUGGAUAUGAUUUAAAUUUCAUCGAACUGAAUAAGUACUAUAGGUAGGACCUUGGGCCUUACGAGGAUAUUGUGAACAGAUUACGUGCUUAGGUCUGAUAAUGUCACAAUCACAAUCGCAUCUUCGCUAUUGAAACGUAAAGUGCUUAAAAGACAAAGAAAAAGAAGCUCAACUCUCAAGUAAAAGAAAGUUUUUAUAAUGUGAUCAUUUAAAUUCAACGAAUAUAUUUUUUUUUAUAAAGUUAGUUAAGCUAAGAAAUGAUAAAAAUAUAAAUAAAAGACAAACAUUUGUGCUGCAGGCAGCUGCUUAUUGAUAUAAAAAAUGAAUUAGGUACCUAGAAUCUAGGUCUAGAUUGUUUUCCACGCUAGCUGACAAUACCUAACUGAUUGAAUGAACUUUAUAUCUCGAAAUUUUAAACUGUUAUGCGGGUGAAGUAAAAAAUAUACAGUAUGUGUCUGACCAUGCAUGGGGCUUUAAUUCCAGGGCUUGAUUUUACUCGCUAAACUGCGUUACUUUUACCAUGGGACCAACCCUAAAAUCGGGGAAAAAUUUUUGGCUUUCCCAUAGAAAACGUCGACAUCUGAUCAGCCAAAAUGUAUGAAAAAGUAAAAAUUUUUUCGGGCUUUCGGGGUUAGUGCCAUAAUAAAAGUAGCUCAGUUAAGCGAGUAGAAUCGAGCCCUGAAUUUAAAGCCCAAUGGUCAGUAACACCCUGUAUAUCUACCUAACGUGAUAUUAUGUACCAACCUAAGGUUGCAAUCUCAUUCUGUGAUGUGCCUGUUUUAUAAUUAAUUUAGGUACCUACUUAAUAGGAAAAUCAAACGAUUCUUCUACUUCUCUGAAACAUUUUAACAUUUGCUGGGCUACUUCUUUGGCUACUUCCAUUUAGCUAUUAUAAUCUACUUAUAUAUAGUUAUCGUACAAACAACAAAGACUGUAAAAUUUUAUUUGAAUCUAAAAGCCGGAGGUCUUAAAAUUAGAAACGGGCACUUUCGACAUUUUACACCAUUGAAUGACAAUUUGAAAUUAAACCUUAUAUGACUAACCGAAGGUUCAUAUUGCUUUGAUAUGCCUGACUGGUUAAGUAAGACCUCGUUUUAUAGACUAAAAGUGUGUUGUUUUUAGUAAAUAAGCGUUAAAAGUGGUGUUAACUGUUAAUCAUAUAUUUAUCCCAUUCCGUUUCCAAUUUGAGAAAGAGACAAAAUGUAAGAUAUUGCAUGACAUCAGUUUAUACGAAUAUUUUAUCAAUUUAUCAUGCAAGGGCAAUAGCGCCCACUAGGUAUUGUAUCUUAUCUAUACUACGUAUUUCGAUGUGUUGUCUAAAAGAAAAUGGUGCUUACGCUUACUGAGCUAUAGUUCGUUUUUUUAGCAUUAGAAAUUAAGUUAAACAAUCUUGAUGUGUCUUUUAAUUGAAAAACACAUUUUAAAAAUAAGUUUCGGCAAAUAUGUAACAAUUAUGAAUGUAAUACGAUCAUUUAUAUUCUUCUGCUUUCAAAAGUAAUAGUUACUGAUUUUUAUAAAGCGUUUUUCAAUUAAAAGACAUGUCAAGAUCGCUUACCUUCUUGCAAGUUCUUUCUAAUGCUAAAAAAACGAUCUAUAAGAGUUAAGCCGCGAACUGGAUGCAAGCUGUAUGUGUACAGUCGACGUCCAAUAAGAUAUGUUUACAUUUUUCGCCUUAUUACAAAGGAGUAAGGAGCAAGUGUAAACAUAUCUUUAACGUCGACUGUACAUAUAUCAUGCGUAAUGUAGUUACGAAUGGCCUUGUUUGCCGCUCGCCGCUUGCGUCCAGUCCGCGGCCUUAUUGAUUAAUCAAUGAAUCUUUGUUACUUAGCGAAUAUCCUCUAGCCGCCCAUACGUCAAACCUUGCCAAGCAAAGUUAAAUUUUAUUUUGUCAACACAAAGUUUAAAUUGGAAUGUAACAGGAGACCUUUUUAUAGGUCUCUGGGCGGCUAGAGGAUAUGAAAGUUAACCCUGUUCCAGGCCGCACCAAUCUACAAGGUUUCCCAAAAGAUCCAAAUUUCAAUUAAUCCAGCUUUAAAUGGAUCAUAUUUAAAGACAAGUCACAUUCCCGAAAGUGCAAUCUAGUUUGAACCUUAAAUCGAAAUGCUAAAGUUGAAAUUCUGUUGGCGCGUAUGUGGUCGAUAAAUCGUACUAUGCCUGGAAAAGGGUUAAAGGGCUAUUUCACUUUGCGAUACACCGGGUGGUGUACCGGAACCCAUUUCAAGGUCAUUUCCCCUCCUUUGUCCUUACGUAUUUUUUAACAAAUAUUCCGGUUAACCGUACUCAGUGUAUUGCAAACUAUAAUACGCCUAUUAUUAUGUAAGUAGAUAAUUUAAUAAAAUCGCAAUUUGAAGUAUUUUAUUAUUAACUUUGUUUUUAAGUGUUGAUCUGUCAAUCAGUAUUCUACAGAGUUUUUGAUAAGAUGUAUUAAAUUAUAUUAAGCUAAUGUACUCAAA